AUGGUCUCGCCGACGGAGCCCCUUGUUGGUUCCCCGACGCCAUGGUCCUAUAUGUUCAUACGCUGGCUGUUCAAGUUUGUGCUGAAGAUAUUCUACGGUACCAUUGUCGUGGAGAACACUGAGAAUAUUCCGCCGAGAGGAACACCAUGCAUCGUCUGCGCAAACCACAGCAACUCUCUCACUGACGCACUACUGCUUGUGACCUCGAUACCAUCCCGGAGACGCAAUCUUCUGCGUUUGACGGCCAAGUCGACUCAGUUCGGCAAGAAGACGUUUACCAGCUGGCUCAUCGAGUCAGCCGGGACAGUGCCCUUGAAGAGACGGAAGGAUUUCCCCGACGGUCAGGCGGAUAAUUCGGAGGUUAUGCAACAUCUCAUCGAGGCACACGCGUUGGAACUGGGUGACGCUGUGUGCCUCUUCCCUGAGGGUAUGAGCAGGUAUCAUCCCACCAUUGCUCCUCUGAAGACCGGAGUCGCCCGCCUGGUGUCCGACGUCCUCACACGCAACCGCCACAAUCCCGAAUUCGAGAUCGACGUACUCACAUGCUCUAUCACUUACAUGCACCGGCAGCAUUUCAGGUCAGACGUGCUGGUGACAUUCAAUUCUCCUAUGAAGUUCACAGUGAAGGACAACCCAGAGCUUCUCGCACCCAUCGACUUCCAGGAUAUAAGGGAGCUCACGGCCAAGAUGCACCAUCAAAUCAGUUCCGGCACGUUGGAUGCACCUUCUUGGAGACUUAUUCGCAAUGCCAAGCUUGCUGCAAGACUAUACGCUCCUCUAGGCACGACCAUGUCAUUAGGCGACUAUGUGCGGGUUGUCCGAACCUUCCUCGAGGCUUUCAAGGUUGCCGAAGCACCCAGGACGGACCCGGGAAGCGACGGAGACAAUGUUUCCAUCGAACAAGAAGCUAGGGAAGACGCGAAGAUCGUGCAGCUUGGGCGAGAUCUACAGGAGUACCAAGACCAGCUCGUCCGCUGGGGCAUCAAAGACGACCGCAUACGCCGCCCGUUAUCCCGAGCCGUCAUUCUCUACCGCCUCUGCAUCCGCGCCGUCUGGGCCCUCGUCCUUGUCACCAUUUCCCUCCCUGGCCUCCUCCUCUGGCUCCCCGUCUUCGCCACCACCUUCGUCGCCGUGCACCAGUUCAAGCGCACCGGCCCCGUCUGGGACACAUGGGACGAAAUCGCGCAGUACAAGCUCACCUACGGCCUCAUCUCCGGCCUCGCUGUCUGGUUGCUCGUCGUCCUCGCGACUUUUCCCGUCGCCCUCUUCACCGUGCCGCUCGUCCCCGCCGCGAUGUGGAUGGGCCUGCGCUGGAUGGAGGGCGCGGUGGCCGCGGGCCGCGCCCUCGCGGCGCUCGCGCGGCUCCUCUGGGUCGGCAAGCCCGCGCUGCGGGGCAUGCGCGAGCGGCGCGAGGACCUGCACCGGCGUGUGAUGGAGCUCGCGCUGGGCACGCUCGGGCUCCCGGCCGACCCGGAGACGCACUUUGCGGAGGCGGGCGGGUGGGAGAAGGGCCGGGUGCAGGGGCGGUGGGCGAGCAAGGCGAAGUACUUCUCGGUGCGGAGGCGGAGAAAGCGGGACUGGAACGAGACGCUGCGACUCUACGACCAAGUGGACUAUCCGGAGGGUGAGGACUAA